AUGGCAAUCCUCCACAAGGCCAAAAAGUGCAGAUCACCGGCAGGCAUUACGGCUGGAAGAAAGAGGGUAAGAUUAGAAAACCCCGCGACCUGCCCAAGCUCGGCAAAGCAGCUAAAGCUAUUAUCAAGGAAGUUCUCAGUUGGGCCUGGCUUCAAAGACAGACGCGAGGUGGGAUUGGUUCCACAGACUCUUGAUGCUGCUGCCGUACCAACAACUAUGGCGGCAACUACAUCUCAGACCAAUGGCUGUUCUGCUGAAUCCACUCAGGAUGGUCUGUUCUUGCACAGAGGACAAUCCCUACCGGAUAGUACCAUAUAA